CUCCACUUCCUCCCUCUUCUCUCUUCUGAAAACCCCCUUCCAGAAACCCUAGCUUCACCGAGGAACAUCAUCCUGCCUGGGCUAUGCCUGCCCCUGCAGGUUGCUUCUGUUGCCUCAUAUGAGUCUCUGAGUCUCCUCUUCCGUUCCCCUCGGGGGCUUUAACUAGAAAACCACAAAAAAAUAUAGAAAACCAGGAAAAUUAGGCCAGAAACGCGAGUACCAGUAGCCGUUUUUGGUUGCCGAUCCUAGAUCGGUAGUUAGGGCUUUCUAAUCCCCAGCCCUAGUUAAGUACCGUCGUUGUACUGUCUUCGUUCCAUCGUCGUACCGGUACAGUGCAGACCAGCCUUAACCAGUCUCAUUCGAGCUAGCCUCCGAGCUAGCCUCUCAAGUCUCUCUCCAAGCUUUAUCCUCUUCAACUCGUACUCUCUCUCUCUCUCGAGAAGCCAUGGCUACCGCGGGGGCCGCAGCGCCGUCGGCGUCGCUGUACGUGGGCGAUCUGGACAAGGAGGUUACAGAGGCGCAGCUCUACGAGCUCUUCAGCCAGGUCGGCCCGGUCGCAUCCAUCCGCGUUUGCCGCGACGCCGUCACGCGCCGAUCCCUGGGCUACGCCUACGUCAACUACAACAGCGCCGUCGACGCCGAGCGCGCGAUGGAGGCGCUGAACUACCGCGAGGUGAACGGGCGGCCCAUCCGCAUCAUGUGGUCCCACCGCGACCCCAGCCACCGCCGCAGCGGCGUGGGGAACAUCUUCAUCAAGAACCUGGACGAGUCGAUCGACCACAAGGCCCUCCAUGACACGUUCAGCGCGUUCGGCCCCAUCUGGUCGUGCAAGAUCGCCGUGACGCCCGACGGCAAGAGCAAGGGCUACGGCUUCGUGCACUUCGAGACGGAGGAGGCGGCGAACCUGGCGAUCGAGAAGGUCAACGGCAUGCUGCUGGAAGGCAAGAAAGUCUUCGUGGGCAAGUUCCUCAAGAGGGGCGAGCGCGACUCGGACGGGCAGCAGGCGCGGUUCACGAACGUGUUUGUGCGCAACCUGGACCCCGAGGUCACCGAGGAGCAGCUCGCUGCUAAGUUCGGGGAGAUCGGGCCAAUCACCAACGCUGUGGUGAUGCGCGAUGAUGCCGGCGCGUCCAAGGGCUUUGGAUUCGUGAAUUUCCAGGACCCCGCGAGUGCCCAGGAGGCGGUUGAGAAGCUCAACAAUGCCCAGUUUGGCUCCAAGGCCAUCCUGGUGGCGCGCGCGCAGAAGAAGUCAGAGCGAGAGCAGAUGCUGCGAAGCCAGUAUGAGGAGAAGAAGAUGGAGCGCCUGCAGCGCUUCCAGACCACCAACCUGUACGUGAAGAACCUCGAGGAGGCGGUGGAUGACGAGCGCCUGAGGGCGGAGUUUGCCGGGUUUGGCGCGAUCACGUCGGCCAAGGUGAUGCGCGACGACAAGGGCACCAGCCGCGGGUUCGGCUUUGUGUGCUUCGCCAACACUGACGAGGCCAGCCGCGCCAUCAUGGAGGCCAAUGGCCGUCUGGUGAACGGGCGUCCCCUGUACGUGGCGCUAGCCCAGCGCAAGGAGGUGCGCCAGGCGCAGCUGCAGCAGCAGUUCGCGCUCAGGGGCGCCCUUCCCCCCGGCGUGGCGCUCCCCCCAGGGGCAACCCUCCCCCCGGGCGCUGUCCUCCCCCCCAACGCCGCCGCAGCAGCAGCAGCCGCCGCCGCUGCCGCUGCUGCUGGGGGGCCGAUCCCUGGGGUUGCUGGGGCCCCUGGGGGUAUGCCCCCUGGUGCCCCCAUGUUCCCCCCUGGUGCGCCGAUCUUCUAUGCUGCGCCCCCCCCUGGGGUGCUGGCGGGGGGAGCGGGCGCGCAGGGGCAGGCGCAGAGGCAGGGGCAGGGGGUGGUGUAUCCGCAGAUGAUGGGGCGGGGCGCGUGGCGGGGGCCCAUGCCGAGGGGAGGCUUCCAGCCCAUGCCGAAUUACAAUGCGUCCAUUGGUCCUCGCCAGCGCCAGGGCCGGGGCCGACCCCAGCAGGGACAGCAGCCUCAGCAGAUGCUGCCCAUGGGAGCCGUGCCAGUCCCCGUGGUGCCCGUCCCCAUGGCGCCGGGUGUGGUGCCUCCCGCUGCGCCCAUGCCCCUGCCGUCCGAUCCGCUCAAUCCGACGGCCCUGGCUGCAGCUCCUCCGGCGCAGCAGAAGCAGAUGCUGGGAGAGCGCCUCUUCCCGCUCAUUCAACAGCACCAGCCCGAGCUGGCGGGUAAGAUCACGGGCAUGCUGCUGGAGAUGGACAACAGUGAGCUGCUGCUUCUGUUGGAAUCACCUGACGCCCUCCUGGCCAAGGUGGAGGAAGCGCUCAUGGUGCUCAGGCAGCACUCGGGGGAGGGCGCACCUGCUGCUGAUGGCGCUGCUGCUUAGGUGGCUUGCUGCUGCUGAUGGGGCUGCUGCAUGGGUGAAGCUCUCAACACCUCGUGGUGCUCAGGUAGCACUAGGGGGAGGGCACACCUGCUGCCGAAGGGGCUGCUGCCUAGAUAGGGAAGCUACUAGGAGUCAGGCUCUAUGUCGAUGUGUGCCGGAUGCUGCGGCUGGUUGUGUUAGGUACAUUUGUUUAGGUGCUACUUGGGCCUCCAGUUUAGAAAUACUUAACUUCAACUCAAGUGACAUUUUCUCAGUGAACACU